GUCAUGAGGUCGCAGGGCGGGGCUUCGGCUUGUGCAGUAGGCUACGUGUGCUUCACAGCAGUUAGCUUGCGGUUAGUGAGUUAACACCACAACUGAAGUCAGAGACAUGGUGCUGCUGGAAAAUGAUUCGUUUCUCACAGAGCUGACACGGCUCUUCCAGAAAUGCAGAACAUCAGGCAGUGUUGUCAUCACAUUAAAGAAGUAUGAUGGGAGAACCAAACCGGUGCCCAGAAAGGGCCACGCGGAGUCUUUUGAACCUGCAGACAACAAAUGUCUCCUCAGAGCGACUGACGGCAAGAAGAAAAUUAGCACAGUGGUCAGCACCAAAGAAGUUAUCAAAUUUCAGAUGGCGUACUCUAACCUCCUCAGAGCUCAUAUGGAUGGACUUAAGAAGAAAGACAAGAAAAGCAAAAGCAAGAAAACCAAAGCCACCCAAUGAGCAAGAGACUCUAAGACAACCUUGGGUACCUAAACUGGUUCACACUAUCUGAGGGGAGUGGGAGAGGGCUCCAUGUGAUCUGCAGCCCCCAAUCUGCUUUCCCCCCAUUCAUUCGAGGCCUCAGAUUCACGGACUGCUUUGAUAUUAUGCCAUUGUUUGCAUGAUAACAUCUCAUCCCUGACUGUCCAGUGCCAUUUGGAACAGAAAACUGAGGAUUUCUCAUUCAUCAUCUCCAGCAUUUCUCCUUCGGGACCAGAUUCUCAAAAGUUCUGCUGCCUGUGGAGCCCGAUGAUUAACAGCCCUUCACUCUAUUUAAUUGUUAGAGAGCAUAUUUAUGUUAUGUUACCAGCUAAAAAUAAAAGUUGUGCUAGCUCAUUCUAAUUCAGCUGGUUUUAGAUGUUUCAUUUUUUCUUUUUUCAUGAAAUUGGAUUUAAAUGUCAGUCUGAGUUUUCACGUAGAACCAAAUUUUUUUUUUUUUUUCUGGUGGCGUCAAAUGUCAUGUACUGUAUUUUUUUUAUUAUGUCUUUAGAGGCACAAUUAAUAUUAUAGUCAUUGUUUUUACAUACCGAUACCAAGCUGUUAAACUGGCUGUCUUAAAUACUUUAACACCAAAAUGUAUAUUACAGCUUCAGCUAAUGUCUGAAUGAUGUCAUGAUUUGGUUCAAUAGUGCAAAAAAUGUUGAAAGCUGCAGAUUUACUGAAAGCAUGUUUGAGUUAUAAAUACAGAGAGGAGUAUUGGCUGUAAUUCAGAUGCCAUUUUUUUUUGUUUAUCACAAUCACAAAGCAUGUUUGACUGCAGCCAGAAAACAUUUCCACCCAUUUGUGUUUGUCCAGCCGUGAUACCCGAGUCCUGCUCUCAUUCAAGAGGACUGCAGCAGAAUUUAAAUUCAAAAAUAAAGUGCUUUCUAAACAGU